AUGAAGUUUGAGGACCCCUGUGAGAACAGAGCAGACCAGCUCUCGCCCAGCCCCGAACAGGGGCCAACCAGCCAGAGGCGGCGCAAUCUCACCAACUGGAAACUUCCUGUUGUGGAAGAUCCACUCAGCAACCAGCCUCCCAGCACAGCCGCUGGUCUGUCCCAGCCAGACGCCCCAGCCAUGGGCAGAGCUCUGCUGCCACAGUAUGACACCGGGGAAAGGGAGCUCCCACCUCAGGGCCCCCUCUGGAGAGAAGGGAGUCCUGCCACACUGAGGGUCCUGAUCCUCGCCCUGCUCUGGAGGGGGUCCCUGUCCCAGCCACCGGGAUUUACCCUGGCGGUGCUGCAGUCGGUGUCCGUGCAGGAGGGUCUCUGCGUUCUCGUCCCCUGCAACUUCACGUACCCAGCCUCGUAUGACACCGACAAUCCCUCAGACCAGCUAUACGGACAAUGGUACAAGGAGCCUGCUACUGUGGGCCAGGAUCCUCCUGUGGCCAGCAGUCUCUUCACCGCGAGAGUGUCGCAGGAGACCCAGGGCCGGUUCUGGCUGAUGGGGGAUCCAGCGCACGGCGACUGCUCCCUGCAAAUCAGUGAUGCCCGACGGACGGAUGAGGGGAGAUAUUUCCUUUACAUCGAGAAAGGCAUGUUUGAACACAUUUACCGCUCCAAUUCCGAUGGCACUGCCCUUGCGCUCACGAUCUCUGUGACAGGGCUGACGGAGGAGCCAGAGAUCCAGAUCUCGCCGGCGCAGAGGAUGCCGGGGAUGCUGCUGGCCGGGAAGCCGGUGACUAUGACCUGCACGGCCCCUGGGCGCUGCUCCGGGUCCCCUCCCCAAGUCACCUGGACGGGGCCGUUCAGCGACACAGCUCGGAAUGUCUCAGCCCCGCUGGCGAAUGGCACCUGGGCCCACAGGUCCACGCUCAGCUUCACUCCCACCCCGGGGGACCACGGCAAAGAGCUCGUCUGCACCGUCACCUACAGCCCACCACGGGGACCUUCCACCAGCAGAACCAUCCGGCUCCAUGUCAUCUACCCGACCGGGCCCCCCACCAUCACUGGGAACCUGAUGAGCCACGGAUGCCCCGGUGGCCUCCCUCGGGCAUUUAUCGAAAUUAGCUGCAAACUCAUCUUCAUGGCGACUGGAUUCUUCCUGGCCUAUUACUUCACCCUGCUCUAUUAAAGAUGGUAACUCAGAUACCGACCCACCCACAAGCCUACCCACCUACCCAUAUACCUACCCACGUACCUACCGUCUAUCCACCCCCCCAACUAUGUACCUACCCACUCGUCUAUGCAUCUGUGGAGCCCUGGAAUCCAUGGUGCCUGACUCACCUACCGACCUACCCACUGAUCUACCCACCUACCUACAAACUUACCAUCCUACUCACUCACUCACCCACCCACCAUCCCACCCACCUACCUACCUAUGUACCCAUUGACCCACCCAUCUACCUACUACCCCGCAUUGCUACCAACCCACUGACCUACCCACCUACUGAUCUACCAACCUACAUACCUCCUAUCUAACCACUUACCCAACCAAUUACCUAACCACCCACCUAUGUACCUAUCUACCCACCUACCACCCAGCCUAGCUACCUACUCACACACCCAUCUACCUACUCACCUACAAUCUCACCCACCCACNAUCUAUCUAUCUAUCUAUCUAUCUAUCUAUCUAUCUAUCUAUC